AUGGUGAAGAGUCUGGAAAGAGAGAACAUCCGGAAGAUGCAGGGCCUCAUGUUCCGGUGCAGCGCCAGCUGUUGUGAGGACAGCCAGGCGUCCAUGCAGCAGGUGCACCAGUGCAUCGAGCGCUGCCAUGCGCCUCUGGCUCAAGCCCAGGCCUUGGUGACCAACGAGUUGGAGAAGUUCCAGGUGAGGAAUAUCCCAAACUGAGGACUCUAGUCCUUGAUGUGCUUUUUUGCAGAUAACAAACAUUUAUUCAAAACUCUUGGCUUUAGUGUCUGUUAACAUUUGUGACAUUCCUAUAACCAAGCAGUCUUCACAGGGUUUGAAAUUUUGAAAAAAGUACUGGAAGUUGAAUGCUGUAAAUUGAACCAUAUUUUCGCAUAGAAACAAUGAUAUAAAAGGGAGUUACCAGGGGAGUUCAUGA